AGGGGCCGGAAUGUCGAAUCCCGUGAAGAAGAGAUUGAUGAGGAAUUUCAAGAGAUUACAAAAACAGGAUCCUCGUGCUGGUAUUUGUGGAGCUCCUUAUGACAAUAAUAUCAGGCUUUGGAAUGUUGACAUUUUAAAGUAUGUCAGAGACUUUCGUAUGUUAGCUUUUAUUGCGAGUAAUUAA